CAGAGCGUACGGCCAUUGGUCCUCCGUAGGCGCUCACUGCCAUUGGCUGAUUUCAAAGCGUGCGGAUGGCCGCUUGCUCAUGGAGUUGGUGCCGUGCGUCCUGCACGGGUCCCCGUGCCUCUUGAAGACCGGAGUCCGCGGUGGCCCCAACCAGGGUCGGAGCUUCUACGUGUGCGGAGUGCGGAGCCCGGCGCCCUGCGGCUUCGUUCUGCCGGCACCGUGCGUGCAGAGCCGGGGCGCGGGGCUCUCCCACUGGGUAUUCCUGCUUCUCACUGCUUGAUCCAUGAGGGAUGCAUGGUGGAACUGCAAGUCCUGAUUCAACAUCAGGGCAAAGAUGAGUACCAGUUGCUUUACCGAUGCACUAAAGGUUAUUCAAAUGGGAAGACAUGGUGUGGAAGCAUCCCGUGGCAGGAUCCAAAAGCUACCAAAGUGUCAAAAGCGUUAGAAUCCCAGCACAACAUAGCACCUGUCUUCAAUCCCAGUGGCCAAAGAAAUCCAUUCAAAGUCAUAGAUAAGAAUUGUGAUCCAUCAUCCUGGAAACAAAUUAAGCAAGGGAAUGGAGAAGAAAGUAGAGCAAAAGGAGUAAAAGCAGAGAAAGAAAGUAUGCUGGCGUCACAUAAAGAGAAGAAAUCAAUCCCUGCUUCCUCCAUAGAGAAAGAACCUCUAGAAGGGCUGAAAACUAAGAAUAAGCAAUCCACAGGCAAUAAGACUGAUCCAGUAUUUAAGGAUAGCACAGUGCCUGGAUCUAAACUUGGCAUUUCUGAGAACUGCAAAGGGAAAAACACCCUUUGGGAGAAAGAGAAAUAUGGUGGCAGUGGCAGAGAAUCCAAGAAGUCUUCUGAGUGUGUGGAGAAAGAGCCAGGUGGGAGCUCAAAGCUCUUUCCACUAAGUCUUGGAAAGCAAAGUGCAAGUACUAAGCCUGCAGAGGACGAACAGCUCGGAGGGAAAAGUCUAAAUAGCUGUGAGGAUAAAGAAACCAGAAAGAAAGAAUACGUUGGUGGUAAGAAUGGAGAGGUGAAACUAAUGUCUAAAGAAGAUAUGAUUUCCCCAGUAGCAGGAAAGGAUGCUUUCCAACACCCUGCCCAGAAAGGAGGAGGAGUGGCAGCGCCGUCCAGGACACAAAUCAGACCAGAGCUGGGACAGGCUGCUGGUGCAGUCUCUGGCAGAGACACUGAUGGAGUAGGAUUUGUUUAUACCUCAUCAGGUAAAAGCGAACCUGAGGAAUCAGUUGAGGACUUGCAGUCAAGAGAGAUUCUUGCAGGAAAAUCGGGGACAUCUUUGCCAGGAGCUGCAGCAUCACAUCAUGUGGAAGGACUCCAGGACCCUAAAGCUCUUUACAACCAUCUUGUCGUCCAGUUGCGGCAGAAGAAGAGUGUGUUGGCUACAGUGAACACUCAGCGGCUGCCAGAUAAAGGGGAACGGUUGCGAAAGCAAGUGCAGGAUUUGGAAGCUGCACUCAGUGCUUUUAAAAUUUCAACAGCAGGUACUACUGGAAAAGGGGAACAUAGCACAAGCAGCGAUUACCAUGAGGAGCCUUUGCCUACCCAACUUGACAGGCCAGGUGGUACAAAGCUGAUAACACCACAACUGCUCCAGAAUCCUGCAUCAGGGACCUCUUCAUGCUCACACAGUCACACCUCUGCUGCUACUACUUUGGGUUCCAGUGAAUAUGGUUCAAGCCAUGGUUUUGGAAUGAACUCUGGUGUGCAGAAUCUAUAUGGAGGAAGAAUGACAGAAGACCGAAUCAGAGCUGUACACAGUGCCACAAGUGAGGCUAUUAAUCAUCUUCACAAAUCUCUAGAGUCCUGUCCAACAGAGCAGACAACAGCUGAAAAUCCCUCUGGACUGAAGGUUCCACUGCUGCCACACCAAAAACAAGCACUUGCAUGGCUCCUCUGGAGAGAGAGUCAGAGGCCAUGUGGAGGAAUUCUGGCGGAUGACAUGGGCUUGGGGAAGACUCUAACGAUGAUUGCUCUCAUUCUGACCCAGAAGCAGCUGAAUACAGAGAAAAGAAAGGAGGAGAAGUUAGAAAUAUGGCUAUCCAAAAAUGAUUCAGCGGUUAUCCCUUCUCACAGCACUUUAAUAAUUUGUCCUGCAUCCUUGAUCCACCACUGGAAGAAAGAGAUUGACAGACGUGUAAGCUAUGGCAAACUGAGGGUCUGUUUGUACCACGGGUCCAAUAGAGAGAAACACGCAGAGGUGCUCACUGGAUAUGAUAUUGUUGUCACAACCUACAGCCUUCUUUCCAAGGAAGUUCCCACAAGCAAAGAGGAGGGGGAAGUCCCUGCUGAGGACCAUGAUGUGAGGAGUGGGUCAUCUCCCUGUUCCCCUCUGCUCAGGAUAGCUUGGGCUCGAAUUAUAUUGGAUGAAGCUCACAAUAUUAAAAACCCGAAGAUUCAAACCUCCAUAGCUGUAUGCAAACUGAGAGCCAGUGCCAGAUGGGCUGUCACUGGGACACCAAUACAGAACAACUUACUGGAUAUGUACUCUCUCCUGAGGUUUCUACGUUGCUCUCCUUUUGACGAGUACAAGGUGUGGAAGUACCAAGUAGAUAACAACACGAAAAAGGGAGGAGAGAGGCUGAGUCUCUUAACCAGGAGCCUCUUAUUACGGAGAACUAAGGACCAGCUGGAUUCAGCUGGCAAGCCCUUGGUAGCUCUACCCCAGCGUAGCACACAGUUACAUCAGUUAAAACUUUCACCAGAGGAGCAGUCCGUGUACAAUGUGCUUUUUGCAAGAUCCAGGUCAACACUACAAUCCUACCUACAGAGACAAGAGCAGAAAAAUGAAGGCAGAGAGUAUGCUGGUGGUAACCCGUUUGAGAGAGUUGCACAAGACUUUGGGAUCAAUCAAAAGGAAUUCCUAGCAGGCUCACAAAGUGCCCCCCAAGUCUCAAGUACUGUCCACGUCUUGUCUAUGCUGUUGAGGCUUCGUCAGUGCUGCUGCCAUCUCUCUUUGCUGAAAGUGGCUCUUGACCAAACUAACCUUCAUAGUGAAGGGCUUACCCUCUCCAUUGAGGAACAACUCAGCGCUUUGACUCUGACUGAGCUCCAGACUCCUGAUUACAAGUCAACAGUCUACCUCAGUGGCACAGCUUUUAAAACUGAUCUCUUUGAAAUCACCAGGGAGAGCACCAAGAUAGCUCACCUCUUGGCUGAACUGAAAACUAUUCAGAGUCACUCAGAGCCUCAGAAAAGUGUUGUUGUGUCUCAGUGGACAAGUAUGUUGAAGGUUGUGAGUGUUCACCUCCAGCGACUAGGGCUGAAGUAUGCAACAGUGGAUGGCUCUGUCAAUCCUAAACAGAGAAUGGAUGUGGUAGAAGAGUUCAACAACAAUCCCAGAGGGCCUCAGGUACUGUUGGUCUCGUUGCUGGCUGGAGGUGUUGGCCUGAACUUGACUGGAGGAAACCACCUGUUUCUCCUUGACAUGCACUGGAAUCCUGCUCUUGAGGACCAGGCAUGUGACCGCAUUUACCGAGUGGGGCAGCAGAAGGAUGUUGUGAUACACAGGUUUGUCUGUGAAGGAACAGUAGAAGAAAAGAUCCUACAACUCCAGAGGAGCAAGAAAGUUCUUGCCCAGCAGGUGCUGUCAGGCAAAGGGGAAACCUUCACUAAGCUCACUCUGGAUGACCUCAAAAAUCUCUUUGGCAUUUAAUUAUCCUUUACAAUAUGCUACAGAAAGUGAUUUAAUACCUACAUGUAACUGUGCAAACUUCAACUGUUUUAAGGUGGUCAUUCAUUUUGAACGAAAUAACUACAUUUUUGUAACUGUCCCAACAAGAGAAGUUAUCAGCCUCAGGAAUUUGUUUUAAUCCUGAAAUUGGCUCAUACAUCCAAAGACUAAUAAAGUCAUAAAUUAAACUAUAAUUUUAAAAUACACAAGCAAGUGAUUGUUUAUAAUAUUUAGUUAUUUCUUGGUUUCCUACAUGUGUUUUUAGUUAAAAAACUUUCUUUCGUCUCCAAGGCAGGAGAAGCACAAGUGUAAGUGAAACAAGAACAAGAGAUACAAGCAUGAGGUAGGAGAGUUCAAAGGUUGAGUGGGCAUGAAGGAAGCAAGGAAAUAUUUUGAACAUGAUGCUAUAAAAUGACUAUAUAAAAAUUAGAAUGUUUAAGUAACAAAAUUAAGGAAGGACUUGGAGGAAUACCUCAUUUUCUCUUUUGUUCUUUAGGAGGACUUCUUGUAUCCAAGUGAAGAAGCAUUUCUCUACCUUGCUCAAAAUAUUUAUU